GAGGGCAGUAGCAUUGCAAGAGGAGCGAUGAUUUACCUUCAGCGGAAGUGGAAAAUGUGGAAGCGAAGAGAGAAAAUUGUUUGUUGUUUAUAGUGGAGCGUUAAAUGGUUCGAUUGCGUUAUGGCUCUGGUUCCGUAUGUAGAAAAUGUGGUACCUGCCCUUUCCAAACUUCAGAAUUCAUCGGCGCGUUUUCAUUUUGCCAGCCAUGAAAUCGUCAUAGCUCAGGAUUGGAGGACGCUUGGUGUGGCAGCGGUUGUGUGGGACGCGGCUGUUGUCUUGUGUAUGUACUUGGAGCUGGGCCAUGUCGAUCUCAAGGGGAAGGUGUCCAUUGAGCUGGGGGCGGGCACUGGAUUGGUGGGCAUCGUUGCAGCCCUACUGGGUGCCAAAGUGACCAUCACUGAUAGGAGGUGUGCUCUGGACUUCCUUUCUAACAAUGUGAAAUACAACCUGCCCUCUGACCUCUGGGAAUCUGUGGCGGUUUCUGAGCUGUCAUGGGGCGAGGGACUUGACCACUUCCCAGCUGGAGGCUUUGAUCUAGUCUUGGGAGCAGACAUCGUUUACCUGGAGGACACAUUUGUGCCACUGAUACAGACACUUCAGCACUUGUGUGCGGAUGCCACCGUGGUGCUACUGGCAUGCAGGAUACGCUAUGAACGAGAUACCAAUUUUUUGACAAUGUUGAGGGAGCAGUUUACUGUCGAGGAGAUUUACUAUGACAAAAAUAGGGACAUCCAUAUUUACAAAGCUGGGAAACAACUGCCCAGGAGGGAUUUGUGAUUUCUUUCUAAAGACACCCCAUUUAAAUAAAUGUAUUGUUUGGAAAUCCAAGCUUCUCAGAAACACUUUUACUACCAAAAUGUAACAGCUCUAACAAUGUAUUUUACAAGUUGGUGCGGACAUUAAGAAAAUAAACGAAAAGCCACGUGAAAUAUAACAAAGUCUUAUUAUACACCAUACCUAAAAAGAAAAUAAGAUAGCCCAUCAUGAUCAAGAUUUCUUUGGGUUGGGUGCACUUUACAAUCCCUUUCCAGAAUAUUUGACCAACAGUCAAAUGCGAUGUGCAACACACUUGAUCAAAUUGAUGACAUGAUCUUUAAGAAGCAAAAAUGACAUCCCAAACAUUUUGUGGACAAUUACUGUUUACAUUGAUGCAGGGCAUCAUGCUUGAAAUGUUGAAUACAAGGUCUCAAAAAAUAUAUGCUUCAAAUCCAAACCAUUUAUUACCAGUUUUCCCCCUCUAAGUAGGCCAGAUGAUUAACCAGCACAUUUUCAAAAAGAACAUGUAAUGUGUGCUUAAUUCUGUGUGUGAGAAGAGGUAAUAAUUGUGGAAGAACAGCUCAUGGUGGCUGCUGCUUCUUCUUCUUGACAGUCGGCAUUCACAUAAUGCACUGAGCAAAGGAAAUUUCCUGGCCAAGAAGAACAUUGCUUCGUUGGAUAUAAUUUCCCUAUGCACCCAACUUAACACAUUCUGAUUUUAUUCCUCUCUCCCAAGCGCAAAGGUUCACAAAGGAGGUCUGUUUUUUACAAGACGCGUGACACUCAAGAUGGCUGUGAUAACAAAGCUGCAGAGGGUCCUGGAAAAAUCCUUCCAGGCAUGCAUGAAGGCAGUGCAGAGAAGGCCAGGAAAGUGUGUACUUGACUGAAUGGCUUCAACGGAGGAAACUUGUCAUUUGGAUUUGAAACAACAUUUGGAACACCAGGGCUAAGACUUUUUAGACAGAUCUUGAAGAUCUGGAUUGUUUCAGCAAGGAAAAGUGCAUAUUGUACACAACCUCAUCUUACUAAUUUGAAGUUCUCAAAUUUCUUUAUAACACAGAGAAGUUAAAACACAUCAUCACAGGCUGUCUGUGAUGAUGUAUCUAUUGCAUAAGCUGUAAGCAGGGCUCAUUAUUUUUGUUUUUUUAUUU